AUGGCUACGAAUAUACCAAAGUCAGUUCAUGCUGGGCCCGAGGACAGUUGGCAUGGUGUAAUUGACAAGUCACCCAACAACCCCUUCCAGCCCGAGAAGGGACGCUACCACAUGUAUAUCGGCCUCUUCUGUCCUUUUGCUCACCGAGCCAAUCUGGCACGUCACCUCAAGGGUCUGCAAGAUAUCAUUGAUAUCAGUAUUGUCAAGCCAUACCCAAAGGGCAACGACAAGGGUUGGCCUGGCUGGCAGUUUCCUGAAUCAGAUGACGAGUACCCGAAUGCCACUGUCGACAAGCUUUUUGGAUCUAAAUAUUUGCAUGAGGUCUACUUCAAGGCAGACCAGGACUACAAAGGCCGCUACUCGGUGCCUCUGCUGUGGGACAAGAAGACAAACACAGCAGUCAACAACGAAUCUGCAGAGCUCUUGCGCUGGCUUCAGGAUGCAUUCAAUGGUAUUAUCUCUCCCGAAAAGGCGCAAUUGACUUUGUAUCCUGAGCACUUGCGCGAGAGAAUAGACAAGAUCGCCGAGUGGAUGGCUUCAGACCUUAAUACCGGAGUCUACAAGGCUGGCUUUGCACCUGACCAAGAAACUUACAACAAGAACAUCCCGCCUGUAUUCGGUGCUCUGAACAAGCUCGAGAAGCUGCUGCAUGAUGGCAAAGGUCCGUAUGUGCUUGGCAAGGAGAUGACAGAGCUGGAUGUUCGACUCUACGCCACUUUGAUUCGCUUCGAUACUGUCUAUGUGCAGCAUUUCAAAUGCAAUCUUGGUACCAUACGCCAUGAUUACCCUGUGCUGAACAAUUGGCUCAAGGGCAUGUACUGGAACCACGAAGAGUUCAGAAAUACAACCGACUUCAAGCACAUCAAGGAGAAUUACACUAAGAGUCAUGCGGACAUUAAUCCUAAGGCGAUCACUCCUCUUGGACCAUGGCCGCACAUUGAGAAAGGCUAUGAAGAGGAUUGGAGCAAGCUUUCACCUGGAAGUAUUGACAUGCCGGAAGUUCUAGAGCACGAAAAGACUUUGCAUGUGUGA